AUGACCACCUUCUACAGAGGCACCAUUGAGAGCAUCCUGACCAGCUGCUUCACCGUGUGGUACGGCGCCUGCACCGUGUCCUUCUGCAAGACCCUGCAGCGCAUAAAGGCAGCAGUGAGAUUCCUCCUCAGCGUUUGGAUCUUUAUUCCAGGGUGUGAUUCAGAUGUGACAUGCAGGAAUGACAACGGAGCACCGGUGGACUGGUACAUCAUAUACAAGUAUCCGCGUAUGAUUGGAGGCGGUUUGAGGUAUUUGUACAUGGAUGACAGCACCAAUGGAUGGAUACUCAGCACCAAGAAAAUCAGUAAAGGAGCUCUGCUGAAGACUCUGGCACCUCUUCUUGACUUCUACGUCUCAAAGACCACAGAUUUCGGAUACCUGCUCUACAACGACCAGCCUCCAGGUCAUGAUGCUUCCUCAUCAUAUGGCCACAGUAAAGGGGUUGUGAUGCUGGACAAAACUGGAAAAACUGGAGUUUGGCUUUCUCACAGCACACCAAGAUUUCCGACAUAUCGCAACAGAAACUUCUGGCCAAACAACGGGAAUGAUAAUGCUCAAACAUUUCUGUGUGUGACCUUCCCUUAUGAUAGCUUCGGAGAAAUUGGAGAGCAGCUAAAGUACAUCCAUGUCUAUCCCUUUGACCACUACAUUCCAACUGACUUUCCUAAGGAGCUGGGAUGUCUCACAAAGCAAGGCUGCUACCGGAAUAAAAAACCCUGGUAUAGAAUGAAGACACUGACUUCUAAAGCAAACCGUAAAUUCUACAGUUUUGCAAAAAAUAAGCUUUUUGGGAAAGAUCUUUACUCUGGUCUCAUUUUGAAAAAAGUGAAGAAGAAUCUGUAUGUGAGGAGCUGGGGAAAGAGGGGUCGGACUAAGCUUCUGGCCUCCAACUGUGAAGACCCUCAUCGUCAUCUGUACAAUGUGAAGAGAGUGGAGCUCCCGCACGGGGCGCCCUUCAUCGACACUGUUGAUCAUUCCAAGUGGUGUGUGACUGAACGUGGUGCUUUUACCUGCAUCGCUGAUUUGAACAGGAUGGAGAGCCAGAAGAAAAGAGGUGGUGGAGCAAUAUGCACCACAAACCAUGUAGUUGGGAGGGCUUUUCGUGCACUGAUCAGAAAAUCCGAACCGUGUCCGCGUAAGAAGCCAAGGGGGUGACGCUGAGCAGUAAAAGAACGACCAAACUCAGCUAGCGUUAGCUUUCUGACGUUAGCAGGUCUGGAGUUCAGUACAGGAUGUGGGUAUUAAAACUUAAUAUAUUUUUCCAACUAGUGGCUCAAUUUUUUCAUAAAUUUCACUUUCAAGUUUUUGCUCGAGUUUUUUUCGUUCUAUACCAAAAAUGAGAAAACUGAUUCACUUUCUAAAAUUUUUUUCCCCCACUCUCCAUUAAUAUUAAAAAUCACAUAGUCAAUAAAAAUGGAUUUUUCAUUAGGUCAAGUAUUUGUUUAUCAGUUUUACUUCAUGAAGUGAAAUAAAAUGAGAGGUAACUAAUGUUAAACUGUCACAAUAAAAGUGAAGAGUGUUGGAGCUGUACUGUUAGCAGAACGGUCACUUUGUGAAUUUGUGGCCCCUGAUGCAGGAGCCUGGUGGGUGCUGGUUCUGAGUACAGGAGUGGGUGAAUAUUCCUCCAAUGUCAAGAUGACAGUUUGGGACAAAUUUAUUUUUGGUUGAAACAGGAUGGAGGCGGUUGUGGGUGACCCCUAUGAUAUAAUUUCUGAUGAAGUUUUCUUUGUUUUUUCUUUAAGAAGCUUUUUUUGCUG